AUGCCCCUCAGCUACAGUGCCACAUGCGCCCAUGCGUGGGUGUCCAAAGCGAUAAUCCAUCGCCGGAAAAACUCCGAAUCAUGGCUCAAGACUCCUACUCUAGGUAUAACACCCUAUUUUGAGUCACUUUUGUUCUUGGACGUACCCCAAAAUCUGACCGGAAGUGGAAUCGCAAUCUCAAAACCGGCCGAACCCUAA